AUGGCUAGCAAAUUUUUACUUUUCACAAUGGGAGCUCUACCCUUAGCUCAGUUGUAAAGACAGCAGUUUUCAUAGAAUAAUGAGAUGGCAGAGGAGGGUAAUACUGAAAGACAAGCAAUAUGCAUUCUUAACUCUGAAAAUGGACAAACUGGAAAGGGAAUCGUUCACUUUAUCCAAUCAUCAUUGGUUGCUAGAACUCAGAUCCAAGGACAAUUCUCAGGCCUUAACCCAAAUCAAAGACAUGGCUUCCAUAUCCAUCAGUACGGUAACUUAAGCCAAGGCUGUGUGACUGCUGGCCCUCACUAUAACCCUUUGAAUCAAGUUCAUGGUGGUCCAGAUAGCGCUAUCAGACAUGUAGGUGAUCUUGGCAACGUUUAGGCUGAUGAAAGUGGAAAUGCCAAAGUUGAUUUCAUAGAUCAUCAAGUAACUCUCUACGGACCCCACUCUGUCGUAGGCAGAGCUUGCGUUCUCCACAGAGAUACUGAUGACCUUGGAACUUCAGAUAACGAAGAGUCAAAGAAGACAGGAAACGCUGGCCCUAGAAUCGCCUGUGGUAUUAUUGGAUUAAGCAAAGAGUGA